UCAACCGAUAGACACCGAGGGGUGCCGAUGGGUAUCCUGAUAAGAAGUAGAACAUGUCGUCGCGGCUGUAUCUUUUCGUCAUCAGGACUGUGGACAAAUUCGUCCCUCCCAGAUUACAACCUCUGUGGAACCAUGAGAUCGGUCCAAAGACUAUCUUCUUCUGGGCUCCACUUGUGAAAUGGAUUUUGGUCGGUGCGGGUAUAGGAGAUCUCACGAGACCUGCAGAAAACAUCAGCCUCUUCCAAUCCUCGUCAAUGUUGUCAGGUUACAUCUGGACCAGGUGGUGUUUCAUUAUUCAGCCCAAGAACUUGAACCUCGCUUUGAUCAACUUUCUCGUGGCAGUUAACGGGACCAUCCAAUGCGUCCGGGUUUGCCGGUGGGUCUCUUCAACUUUUGUUCGGUUUAUCGAGCCAAAGAUAUACAUCUGUAGCUAUACAUACAGAAAAUUUAAUAAUUUAUGCUAGUUCAUACCAUGUAGAUUGUAAUUUGAGAUUCAGCAUAGAAUAAAUUGCCCAUGUGUCUACCAUAUCUCAUUUUGAAUGCCAAUUUGUUCACGUUUAAAAUUUAAAAAAAAAACAAACCAUAUGUCUCUCCUCACACAACCGGGAGUUCAGUGGUUAGAGCGUUCGCUUUGUUACCGGGAGGUCGUAAGUUUGAGUUCCGCUCAUGUCAUGGCUGCGCCAAACCCAAGACGCAAAUAUAGGUAGUGAUUGUUCCUUCGCCAAACUUUUGGCAAUUAGAAGUGAAAAUAUCAUGGGUCUUUCGGAUAUGACCUUAAAAACAGAUGUCCCUUGUUGCGGCAGGCGUUGGCACGUUAAAGAACCCUCACUGCUAAGGCCCUUAGCGGUAAGCUUUACAUGGUAAUUCACCUUGAACUGUCGACGUCUCAAUAUCAUAAAUGAAUUAAAAAUCAUCGAUUAAGGUAAGAAAAACUAUAACAAACUAUUCUCUUUAUGAAAGGUGAAAAUGACGAACAGUGAUCAAUCCCAUAACUCCUCUAUAAGCCAUAACUCCUAUAAGCAAUUGAUAAAAAAAAAAAAUAGGGAGUCGGGCAAACACGGACCCCUGGAUAUACCAGAGGUGGUAUCAUGUGCCUAGGAGGUUAAGCAUCCCCUGUCGACCGGUCACACCCGCCGUGAGCCCUGUCUUGAUCAGGUAAACGGAGUUAUCCGUAGUCAAAAUCAGUGUGCCAAGAACGACCUAUCAAUCGGUGUAAAACACGCCAGACAGCAUUUGACCCACUGAUAGGCUGUAUGGGCAAACUAGAUCGUUAUAACGACCAUAGAAUUUGUGAAAUGCUGACUUUAAAUGAGAGUACUAUUCUUAGACUUGUUAUACAUUUUAUGUUUCAGAUAUAAAAAGUCAGUAGGAAAACCACUAACGUUUUGGGAUUAGAUCAAAGAUCUGACACAUGCAGCCUGUGUAAGACAAAUUACGUCAUUUCGGAUCCGAAUGUUCUACAGCUGUACAAACCAACUACAGUGUCCAUUUCAGUCUAUGCUUGUUCUGUGUGUCUUAGAAUAGUCAUUAGUUCAAGCCCUAAUUGGAAGUAUUCACCUGAUAUGUUAUCCUUGAAUAGAUUUAGUUUUGCAUUCAUUCGUUUGUCAUUCAUUAUGACAAUUUACGUUAAAUAUUGUUAAAGUAAAACAUUUACAAUUAGUAUGAGGUUUUUUUUAAUGUGAAGCUUCCGGAAUAUGCGUACGCAUUGUAAUGCAGUAGUUGUACGACAUGCAUAAAGUUUAUACUUAGAAUUUAUCAAAUCAUAUGUACAAAGCUUUCUUAUAAUUAAAAGAUAAAAACGUUA